AUGCGAUCGAGCCGCGUCGAGGACGGGCGCGCGGCGCGCGCGCGCGCGCUCGACGCCGUGAUCGAUGCUUUAGAACGUAACGCCGAGAAAACGCUCGAGGCGCAGAAACAGCUCGAGCUGGACGAGAAGCGAAUCAAAGUCUUCGCGACGAGCGAUUUACACACCGACAUGCCGAAAAACAUGCAGGUGAUGGAAGAGUACGUCGAGCGCGAGACGGCGGCGCGUCGCGCGCGAUCUGAGACGAACGAAGCGUCGGUGAUCGUCGUCGCGGGCGACGUCGGCACGAAUCUGGAGUGCGUCGAACUCACCUUGCGGUUGUUGAGCAAAGCCCACGACAUGGUCUGCUACCUCCCCGCGGGAAAUCACGAGCUGUGGUGCGCGACGACGGAACGGUGGUGCCGAGACAACGGACGAGAGUAUCCGUGUGACUCGAUCGGAAAGAUGCUUCGUUUGAUUGAUUUGUGUACCGACAUUGGCGUGUGCUGUUCACCGUUGAGCGUCGCCGGCGUGCGAAUAGUGCCCAUCUACGGAUGGUACGACGAUCUUUUCGCCCCGCGCGGCGAGAUCCCGGCGAAAUAUUCCGACUUGGAGCGCAGGUUCGAUUGCGCGUGCUCGUGGCCGUCGUUCAUCAAUCCGCCGAGCGAGGCUCGCAACUCGCACUCGCCCGCCAUCGGAGCGUUCAUGCGGGCGGUCAACGAUCGCGUUCUCGAUCGAUUUCAAGACGCCGCGCUCGAUCAAAACUCGCCGAUAAAACACGUCAUCACUUACUCUCAUUUCAUUCCGCGAUCGGAGCUGUAUAGAGGGACCUACGAUCUGGUGCACGUGAUGGGGAGCUGCAGAAUAGACGCGGACGCCAAAAAAUGGAAAUCAACCGUUCACGUCUUCGGCCACUCGCACUUAAACGUCGACCGCUGCGUCGAUGGUGUGCGAUAUAUUCAAUGCGCGCUCGGGUACCCGCACGAGCGUUGGUUCGGCGUCAACCACCCGAAAUUAGUGUUCGACGCCUCGCUCGAGUGA